CAACGGCUUCAUUCCAAACGAGUCCCUACAGGAUCAGAAGUGCACUUCAUAGGGCAUGAAUUAACGGACGUCUACGUCAUAUCUAGUGCGCGAUAUGUACUAUAUGGAUGUAUUUGAGAUUUAGCCUCGUAAAGCCUAAAAACAGAAAUCUGUGCGGUUCUAUUUUUAAUUUUUGGCGUUCUCAUUUUUUGUUAAAAUUCCCAAUAGAUUAAAAGCUGAGAUUUAUGAGUUGAGAAGAGUGUUUUUUGUUUUUAAAUAAAAAUGACAAUGGACACUGACGAUGAAAAGGUUUACAGCACAAGAAGAAGAGACCUCGCGCCAAUUUCCCACGUGCAGAAACGGGGACCACGUGCGUUGCCGUCUUUGCCAAGCCAAGAUACAGCAGACGAGAUGCCAGUUCCAAAGAAGAAAAAGAAGAAGAAGCCCAAGCAGGAGGAGAGCACGGAGGCUGCUGACGUUCCUAAAGGAGAUGGCGGGAUCGAGAUGGGAGGCCUGGCCAGUCCGAGACAAUCAGAGAGCCGAGAGCGUUUAACUCCCGAACCUCCUGAAAACCCGCCACAGAGAAAGAAAAAGAAGAAGAAAUCGGAGACAGUUGAUCAGGACUGCGAUCAGGCCAACCUGGUGCUGAACGGUGACAUGGCAGAUCAGAACUCGGACGAGGAAACGACACGGAAACCAAAGAAGAAGAAGAAGACGAAACCUAAAGUGACAGAAAUGGAGCCGAAUAACGACCUGGGCGUAGAAGACGAUGACAUCAUCACGGGCGCCCAGCCUCCGAUCCCCCAACAUGCAUUGUUCUCCGCUCCUCAGGGUCAAAGUCAGCCUGUGGCCAAGGUGUUCAUCGAGAGGGGACGCCGUUUUCAGCCUGCAGAGCGUACAGAUCAGCGUCGGACCAGCAAUCAGAUGGAGCACAACUUCAUGGAUGUCCAGUCCACGUGGACCACCAGAGACGUGUCCAUGAGAGUGCACCGUGGCUUCAGGGUGAUCGGCUUGUUCUCUCAUGGUUUUCUGGCCGGUUAUGCUGUUUGGAAUAUUAUUGUGCUCUACGUUUUGGCUGGAGAUCAGAUGAGCGCUCUGCAGAACUUACUGCAGCAGUACUACACGCUGGCCUACCCCGCACAGUGCCUCUUUUACUUCCUCCUGACCCUUAGCACUGUUUCAGCCUUCGACAGAGUGAAUCUCGCCAGAGCGCCGACCGCCAUCAGGAGUUUCCUCACUCUCGAUCCUGUGGCACUCGCCUCCUUCUUAUAUUUCUCAGCUCUGGUCCUGUCUCUAAGCCAGCAGAUGACUAGCGAUCGCAUUAAUCUCUACCGCAGUGUGAACACUUCACUGUGGCUGCCUGGCUCAGAGCACAGUGUGCUGUAUCCCUGGAUCAUAGUGCAUCUGGUGGUCACUCUGUUGGUGGGCUUGGCCUGGGUCCUAGUGUCCACCUCCCCAGAUGUAGAUUACACAGAAGAGUCCUUGAUGGCAAUGAAGAUAGAAUAUCCCAAUGUGGAGGAGAAAGGAAGUGUGACUACCUGAGAAGCACCACUGGUUGAAAUAUUCCAUGUUUGUACUCAUUCUGCACAGUGUACAUUUGUAAAUAAAGUUUUAAGAACACAA